AUAACAUCAUCAUCAGUCGACAGUGCUACAGGGUGAUAAUUGAUAUAACCUUUCAUUGGCUGAUACAAGAUAUAAAGUUUGUAAUGUAGCAAAAAAAUGACCUGACAUAUGCAUCCUCCAGCUAUAUACUGUACAGUCCCUAAGGCCUAACCAUAUCUAUUUUGCAACUGACAAGUAAUAAUUAAUAGUAUCAUUUGUCUUCAUUACCAUAAACUGCAUUAGCAUAUUGUUGACCUGUAGGUUAAAAAUCUGCAAGAAAGUACUUGAAAAAUCCGAGUACCUUAGAAAUCAAAUCUUUAAUACAAGAUUUUGUAAAAUCCAGAUAUGUAAAGUUUCAUGCUUUAUACCAAGAAGGUUAAAUACAAGAUUUUAAACCUCCUUGUUUAUACAUACUGGAGUUUGUAGUUUUAGUACCAGUAUUAUACUAUUAGUUUUUGACUAGAGUAGAGUAGAAUAGACUCUUCUGACUAUGACUACUAUGAGUAUGAGAUUAACAUUCGACCAUAAGUUAACAUGAGCUAACAUGAUUAUUUAGUUUCCCCCACAACAAAGGUAUUGUAAGGAACCCAACUGCCUGACAUCAAAACCACAAGUGGCAAUUCAACUUGCCUUAUUUGCAUGUAAAUGGUUCUGGGCAGGGUUGUACCAAGUUAAGGGGGCAGCACAAAACACAGCCAAAAGCUUCUUGUUUCUGAUCACAUCCUAUGAAUAAGUUUUUAAAAAUCUUUUUUUAGAUAGACACACACAUGACUGUCUUUAUGGUCUGAUCCUUCAUCACUUCAUUCCAAAUAAGUAUCAAAAGAUACUCUUUUUAGUUGUACCCCCACCCCUUCAAUGUGGAACAGUCUAAGAUGACGUAAUGGAAACCAAACCUCCAGGGUGAAUGCCAGUGUGGUUGCGUGUAGAAACUAACUCACUGUGGUUAGAAACUGACUCUGAAAAUCCCCCGCCCUCACACUUUGGCAAGAAGAUAUAUCAGGGGGACUGUAGGGGAAGUUCUCACUGCAGGCCUACAGCUACUGGGGUACUGAACAAUAACAGGUCUGUCUGGAUAAUACAAGAUUGCUGAAAGACCAGCCAUUGCAAAUCAGUUCAAGGAAGGUGAACACUCCUGCUUCAUCAUACGGCGAUGGCCAAAGUGUCUUUGUUGAUGUCUCUGCUAUCUAUCCUGCUACUUUCUGUUGCCAAGAUGUCAGAAGAGAGUAGGACAACAGUACCUGCCAUCUUGGAGACGUGCAGUAAGCAGGGUUAUGCCACUGAGGACUGCAGCCAUCUACACCUGCGGCAGGUGCCCCAGGGUCUGCCACCAUCCACCCAUGUCCUGAUCCUGUCCCACAACAUGCUCACACGUCUGCUCAACUCCUCAUUCCAAGGGCUGUCUAACCUGGAAACACUGGAGCUUGGUUUCAACAGCAUUUCUGUCAUCUAUGGAGGAGCUUUCACAGGCCUUGAACAUCUCACCAAACUAACCCUGGAUCGCAAUCAGCUGAAGGUCUCUAAACUGUUCCCGGGUGUUUUUGACAGACUCGCAAACUUAACCACAUUGGACCUUUCCUAUAAUUACUUUGAGGUGAUACCAAGCAAAACCUUCACCCAUACAUCCAGGCUGGCAAACCUGAACCUUACCCAUAACUCACUGACAUCUCUGGAUGAUACAAGCUUUGCAGCAAUGGCCAACAGGACAUUCCUUGUCUUAAAUCUGUCAGAAAAUAAUCUAGAGAUGAUCACUGCAGCUGCGUUCCAGCCACUAAAGAAGAUAGGGCAUCUCGUGGUAGAUAAAGGGAUAAAGGGAGAGACAUUGCUUCACGACCUUUGUAUUGCUCUAGGGAAAACAGAGGUCACCUCCCUCUCUGCACGGUGGAUUGACCUUAGGACACUGAACUGGACAACCCUGCAGCCCCUGGGCACUUCUUCCAUUCAGACUCUGGACCUUUCAAACAAUGCACUGACAGCACUUGCCGACAAUGUCUUUACUGCACUAGCUUCCUUAAAGACUCUACAGCUACAGAAUAAUAAAAUAUUUCAUAUUAGUUCACAGGCCUUCCAUGGACUUCAUCAGAGCCUUGAAACCCUGAACAUGAAGAACAACACCAGUACACCAAAGGUGAUUAAACCUUCCAUGUUUGAGGGUUUCACAGGUGGGAAACUAACCCAUCUAAACCUAAGACAGAACAACAUCCAAAAAAUCUCCAAACACAGCUUCCAACAUUGUAGUACUCUUACUAUUUUGGACCUGUCACACAACAACAUGGACCAAAGAAUCUAUGGCGAGGAGUUUUCAGGGCUUCCCAACCUUCAGGAUUUGUUCCUAAGUGACAACAAGAACAUACUUUUGACAGGGGAUUCUUUCAAAUAUGUGCCAACUCUGAAAAACCUCUUAAUGAGUAAGGUGCAGCACAAGUUCCGUCGCAUUGCAGGAGACCCAUCCCCAUUUCAGUACCUAAAUCAGCUGACUUGGCUAGACCUUAGUCAUAAUAAUAUGGAUUAUAUUGAAACAGGAGCUUUUACUAACUUAUCAUCACUGAAAGAACUUUCUUUGAAUAACAACAACUUGUACAGACUCUGGGAACCAGGAACCACUGUCUUGUUCCUUGAAGGCCUGACAUAUUUGAACACGAUUUUCCUCUCCAGAAACGGUUUCCGGCAAAUCCACAAAGACGCCUUCAAAAACCUUACACAUCUGAACAAUCUCUACCUGAGUUACAACAAGAUCAAUGUCCUCCCCAACAACCUUUUUCAAAGUUCCACAAAGCUGUCCAACUUGGAUCUAAGAAACAAUUCCAUGACGGUCAUAAACAAGACUGUGUUUGAUCCGUUUUUGUCAUCCCUGAAGAAACUGUACGUUGCUGGAAACCCGUUGUACUGUACAUGUGAGAUGGCCUGGUUCAGGGACUGGCUUAACAACACUAAGGCUGAUGUCGGUAACCUUACCCGUGAUGUCCUCUGCUCCUACCCUCUGAAACUCAACAAGAAAUCCAUCCUGAACUUUGACACACAGAUAUGCAGGGUGAACUGGGAACAUGUUUCACGUGUUACAAUGAUAGUAACAACUACCUUUAUUGCUUUAUACAUGAUAGUAGGCCUUCUCUUCAGGAACCAUUUUCAUUUCUACAUUGUGUACACAUGGUACCUGGUACAAGCAAAGAUACGACGACCACAGAAAAUUCCAAAUCGAGGGAAGAAGUAUGAUGCCUUCAUUUCCUACUGUAGCAAGGACACAAAGAAAUGGGUACAAGAACGUCUUAUCCCAAAACUUGAGGAGGAAGGAGAGCCAAGAUUCAAACUCUGUAUUCAUGAGAGAGACUUCCCAGCAGGAGUGCCCAUCAUUGAAAACAUCAUAAACAGCAUUGAAUCCAGCAGAAAGACAGUCUGCCUUGUUACUAAAAACUUUCUAAACAGUGAAUGGUGUAAACAGGAGUUUUACCUUGCACAACUUGGUCUGUUUGAAGAAAAAAAUGAUUUGCUGAUCUUAAUUGUCAUGGAAGACAUUCCUGACUACUGUCUCAGUCGCUAUACCAGACUCCGUCGCUUCAUGUGUCAAAACACGUACCUUAAAUGGUCUGAGAGCCCAAAUACCCAACCACUGUUCUGGCAGAGGUUACGCAGAGCACUGAACACAGACAACAGACCACAGAGGUGCACAACAUAUGGGGCUAUUGCUGUGGAAGAUGAGAUGGACUGAUGUGUACUAAGGUGUAUUUGUUCCUCGUCUUUCUUGUUUUAAAAAUUAAACCUGUAUUUCCAAGUUAUACAGUUAUUUUCAAAAAGGUUUUAGUGCUGGAUUGUUUAAGUACAUGUAUGUUAUGUACAUGUUCUACUUAUAUUUUCACAUUAAUCACAGUGUAUGCUCUACUAGUAACACAAUAAACAGCUAAUAUUUCUUGCUGCAGUUUAUACUUUAACUAUCUUCCAAUUCAAUAAAGAUGAGAAUUUCAUUAAUAUUGUGCCCUGGUGAUGUGCACUUGAAGUCAUGUACUAAAG